AUGCCGCAUCCAAGAGUGGACAACGAAGCUCCGUACCCGGAGGAUUACAUCAACGACAGCCAUCGCAACUCUAGUAGCAAUGGCACAUUUGUCAAUGACAACCCCAACAACAUUGGCGGCCAACGCCGCGUCUCCAAAGCUACUCUGCUGCGCAACCCUCUAGCGGGUAUGACCCGGGCAGAGCUCCUUGCUGACGUUGACGCUUUCGUCGACUCCAAGGGUCUCCAAGAGCAUCGCGAGGACUUUCGAAAGGGAGCUCUUGUCGCUCAAGUCAACAACACCCCCGGAGCAUUCGAGAAGAUUGACAUUGUCACCGAGGAGGAGAAGGCUGUUCUCCGCAAGGAAGAGACUUCUCGAUGGCAUCAACCGUUUGCCUUGUACUUCCUUUGUACGCUUUGUGCUGGAUCUGCUAUCGUCCAGGGUAUGGAUCAGACCGCUGUCAAUGGUGCUCAGGAAUUUUACUUCAAAGAGUUUGAGAUCGAAAAUGAAUGGAUGGAAGGGUUCACCAACGGAGCUCCAUAUCUCUGCUCUGCUCUCAUCGGUUGUUGGACUAGUCCUAUCCUCAACAAGUACACUGGUCGUCGCGGGACUAUUUUUAUCUCCUGUGCUAUCUCGACUAUUACUGGUUUCUGGAUGGCGUCUACCACUCAUCUUGCAAACUUCCUUGUUGCACGUUUCAUGCUCGGCUUUGCUGUCGGCGCCAAAUCCAGUACCACCCCUGUCUACUCCGCUGAAUGCACGCCAAAGAACAUCCGUGGUGCUCUUACCAUGAUGUGGCAGAUGUGGACUGCUUUUGGUAUCGCGCUUGGAUUUGUUGUUUGUGUUGCAUUCGAGAAGGUGACCUUCAUUGGCGGCCCAAACUCUCCCUGGCGAUGGAUGAUGGCUUCUACGUCUUUGCCUCCACUGAUUGUCAUGCUUCAAGUAUAUUUCUGUCCUGAGAGUCCUCGCUGGUAUAUGGAACGGGGAGAUUUUAACAAGGCAUUCCGCUCUGUUCGAAAGCUUCGAUUUAACUCUGUUCAAGCCACCCGAGACAUGUACUACGCCUACAAGCUACUGGAGAUCGAGCGCAGUGAAAGAGAAGGUCGAAAUUUGGUCAAGGAAUUCUUCACUGUUCGCCGAAACCGACGUGCUGCUCAGAGUGCCUGGUUCUGUAUGUUCAUGCAACAAUUCUGUGGAGUAAAUGUUAUAGCAUAUUAUUCUACACGCAUCUUCCGUAACGCCGGUUACAGUCUGUCCGAGGCCCUUCUUGUUUCCAUGGGAGGAGGCAUCAUCAAUUUCCUGUUCGCCAUUCCUGCAAUUUAUACCAUUGACACUUUUGGGCGCAGAAAUUUGCUUCUAGUUACCUUCCCUCUCAUGGCGGCUUGUCUGUUUUUCACUGGGGGCGUGUUCAACAUCGGUGAAGGCAACCAGCAGGCUCUCAUCGGGACUGUCACCACAGGUCUCUAUCUCUUUAUGGCUGUCUACUCACCUGGUCUCGGCCCUGUCCCCUUUACUUACAGUGCAGAAGCCUUCCCUCUCCAUAUUCGAGAUAUUGGUAUGGCAUCAAGCACGGCCAUUACAUGGGGAUUCAACUUUGUCAUCAGCUUGACCUGGCCAGCCUUGGAACGAGCAUUCGGUAUAACUGGUGCUCUGAGCUGGUACGGAGCUUGGAAUAUCUUUGGCUGGAUCUUCUGUUACUUCCUUCUUCCCGAGACCAAGAACUUGACUCUCGAAGAACUCGACAUGGUUUUUGGUGUCAGCAACAAGGAGCAUGCUUCUUACUACACUAGGAAGUUACCCUGGUACUUGAAGAAAUACCUUCUUCGUCAGGAUGUCCCACCUUUCCCUCCCCUGUACGAAUUUGCUGCCAAUGAUGGGCAGUACCCCCAGGAGAAGCCUGAUACAAAGCAUGUUGAGGGAAAUAACCUUACUUCUGACUCCGGAGACAAGGAGCUUAUCUCGGAGCGCAGAUAA